AUGUUGUCUAUGAUUAAACAAGCAGGUACUGCUGCAGAUGCAAAGAGAGGACAAUCAUUGUUACUCAAUAUCAGUGCUGCCAAAGGUCUUCAAGCUGUUUUAAAGUCUAAUCUAGGUCCAAAGGGUACCAUCAAGAUGUUGGUAUCUGGUGCUGGUGAUAUUAAAUUGACUAAAGACGGUAGUGUUUUAUUACAUGAAAUGCAAAUUCAACAUCCAACAGCAGCAUUGAUUGCAAGAACAGCAACAGCACAAGACGAUAUUACAGGAGAUGGAACAACAUCGAAUAUCAUUACUAUUGGAGAGAUGUUGAAGCAAUCAGAGAGAUAUCUUGCAGAGAAUGUACAUCCACGUAUCUUGUCAGAGGGAUUCGAGUUGGCAAAGGAUCGUUGUCUUCAGUUCCUCGAGCAAUUCAAACAGAGUCGUGAUACAUUGGAUCGUGAGUUGUUGGUCUCUAUUGCACGUACCUCACUUCGUACCAAACUCCCGGUUGAGGUUGCCGAUCAACUCACAGAGAACGUUGUCGACUCUAUCCUCACCAUCCACAAGCCAGACGAACCACUCGACUUGUUCAUGGUUGAAAUCAUGACAAUGCAACACCGUACCGAAGGUGAGUCUCACCUCGUCAAGGGUCUCGUACUCGAUCAUGGUGCUCGUCAUCCAGACAUGCCAAAGAGAUUAACCAAUUGUUUCAUUCUAACAUUCAACGUAUCAUUAGAAUUUGAAAAGACUGAAGUAAAUUCUAAUUUCUUAUAUAAAGAUCAUGAAAUGAGAUCAAGAAUGAUUGAUGGUGAACACAAAUUGGUAGCCGAAAGAUGUAAACAAAUUAUCGAGUUAAAGAAUCAUGUUUGUGACACUCCAGAUAAGCAUUUUGUAAUUAUUAAUCAAAAGGGUAUCGAUCCAAUCUGUUUGGAUAUGUUGGCUAAAGCUGGUAUUCUCGCAUUGCGUCGUGCCAAGCGUAGAAAUAUGGAGCGUUUGACAUUGGCUUGUGGUGGUGUCGCCAUGAACUCGUUGGACGACUUGUCACCCGAUUGUUUGGGUCAUGCCGAAUUGGUGUACGAACACGCCAUCGGUGAGGAAAAAUAUACAUUUGUUGAGGGUGUCAAGAAUCCAUUCUCCUGCACCAUCUUGAUCAAGGGUCCAACCAAGCACACCAUCGAACAGAUCAAGGAUGCCUUGCGUGACGGUUUGCGUUCAGUGAAGAACACUAUCGAAGACGGUUGUGUCGUUCCAGGUGGUGGUGCAUUCCAGAUUGCCGCACACAACGACCUCUUGAAAUUCAAGGAUACCGUCCAGGGUAGAACUAAGCUCGGUGUCCAAGCAUUUGCCGACGCACUCUUGGUCGUUCCAAAGACAUUGGCCGAGAAUUCUGGUUUCGAUCCAAUGGAUACUCUCAUCAAGUUGCAAGACGAGUUUGCCAAAGGACACAUCGUUGGUUUAGAUAUUAUCACCGGUGAGCCAAUGGAUCCAGUUGCCGAGGGUGUUUGGGAUCAAUACAGCGUACUCAGACAGAUGUAUCGUUCCGCUCCAAUCAUUGCCGGUCAACUUUUACUCGUCGACGAAAUCAUCAAGGCCGGAAAGGGUAUGAGAGGUUCUUCCGUUCCAGAUGGUGGUCCAGAGAUCAUUAUUUUAUUAGAUAAAAAUGAGAUUCCUUUUCAAUACAACAACAAUAAAAAACCUUAUGAACAACAAGAUUACUAUUCUGAUACCAGAAUAUAUUAUCUAUACCAUUAA